AUGACGGCACCAAAUUCUUCCAAUGGCCAGCCGGUCAGCGUUCUGUUUGUCUGCCUCGGCAAUAUCUGCCGUUCUCCCAUGGCAGAAGGCGUCUUUCGCAACGUUGCUGCCAACCACCCUCUAAUCAGCGAUAUCGAUUCUGCUGGCACAGGAGCAUACCAUGCUGGUGAACCGUCUGAUUCACGCACCAUGUCUACGCUCCGUCGUCACAAUAUCAGGAACUACAACCACGCCGCCCGGAAGGUCACUCUUGAGGAUUUCCUCAAUUUUGACUACCUGUUCGCCAUGGAUAAAUAUAACCUGGAAGACCUGUUGGAUUUGCGUAAUUCUGCUGGCGCUAAAGUUGCGGAGGUGCGUCUUUUUGGUGACUAUGGACCUGGGGGCUCCUUACAUGAACGUACCGGUGGUGGAGAGGUAGUCCAGGACCCUUACUAUGGCGGGGCAAAUGGCUUUGAGGAGGUCUACCAGCAGGUGGCGCGAUUCUCGAAGAACUUCCUCGAUUACUUGGAGAAGAACCAUCAGAAUUAG